AUGUUGCAAAAGAAAAACUCGGAUAAAGAGAAUGCUUGUUAAAAUAAUACAGAUAUAUCAAAGCCACGAAUCAUAGGAGAUUAUUAAUUAGGUUUGGAGUUAUUUGUAUUUGAGUUAAAACUCUUGGGGUUGGCACAUUUGGUCUAGUUAAAUUGGGUUUGCAUCAAAUCACUGGAGAGAAGGUGGCCAUAAAGAUUUUGGAAAAGGAACGAAUAAUAGAGGUGGCAGAUGUAGAGAGAGUUUCAAGGGAAAUACAUAUUUUAAAAUUGAUUCGACAUAGACAUGUGAUUUAAUUAUAUGAGGUAAUACUCAUAUUAACAGAAGAUUAUAGAAACAAAGAAGCACAUCUUUUUAGUUAUGGAAUUUUGUGAUAAUGGCGAACUCUUUGAUUAUAUUGUAAAGAACGAGAAGUAAAUAGUCAAAGAUAAUUUCUUAGAUUAGAUGAAAUAGAGGCUUGUCGCAUAUUCUAAGAGCUGAUUUCAGGCAUAGAAUAUAUUCACAAACUGAAUNUUCAUAGUAGUCAUCGAAGUACUUAUCAGAAUAUUCAAUUUCUUCAGGAUAAUGAGGCAUUGAUAAUAUUUAAAAUUUAAAAUUAAAAUAGUUAACUCAUCAAUUUUAUAUUAUCCCUUUAGGUCUCGAUUUUGAAGUUAAAAUUUAUAUAAUUAUACUUUAUUUUAUUAUAAUAUUUGAAUAUUAUCUAUUCAAAUUGCUGGUCUUUCUCACAAUCAUACACUUUAAUAGAAUAUUUAUGCUGA